AGUCAUCUGGCAGGACAGCGGGUACCGUGUCAUCUGGCACGACAGCGGGCACCGAGUCAUCUGGCAUGAUAGCGGGCACCGAGUCAUCUGGCAGGACAGCGGGUACCGAGUCAUCUGGCAGAACCGCGGGCACUGGGUCACCAAGCUCGACAGCGGGCACCAAGUCAUUUGGCAUGACAGCGGGCACUGAGUCAUCUGGCACGACAGCGGGCACUGAGCCAUCUGGCACGACAGCAGGCACCGAGCCAUCUGGCAUGACAGCGGGCACCGAGCCAUCUAGCAGGACCACGGGCACUGGGUCACCAAGCUCGACAGCAGGCACCGAGUCAUCUGGCACGACAGCGGGUACUGGGUCAUCUGGCACGACAGCGGGCACCAAAUCAUCCGGCAAGACAGCGGGAACCGAAUCAUCUGGUAAGACCGUGGGCACCAAGUCAUCUGGCAAGACCAUGGGCACCGAGUCAUCUGGCACGACAGCGGGCACCAAGUCAUCUGGCACGACAGCGGGCAUCGAGUCAUCUGGCACGACAGCGGGCACCGAGUAAUCUGGCUCGACAGCGGGUACCGGGUCAUCUGGUUCGACAGCGGGCACCGGGGCAUUUGGCUCGACAGUGGGUACCGGGUCAUCUGGCAUUGGAUCGUCUGGCUCGACCGCAGGCA